ACUGGGGUUUGAUCAUAAUCCUUUUGCGUCUCUAUUUUGAAUAUAUCAUUGCCUAUCUUGGAUAGUUAAUAUAAUCCUUGUGUUUUGGAUUUGGCGAGAUGAAGUGUACUACUCCAGAAAUUUCUUGGCAUAAUCGAGAUCCAGUUUUGAGCAUCGACAUACAAAAUAAACCCUGUGAUGAAAGUAAUACAAGUGAAAAGUUUUGGCGUCUAGCUACUGGAGGAGCAGAUUCCCAUGUUUUGAUUUGGCAUGUUUUGACAUGCGAAAAUAGUGCGACAACGAUCAAAUGUGUAGCAGAUUUGGAACGACAUCAAAAAGCAGUAAAUGUUGUCAGAUUUUCACCAUCUAGAGAAAUUCUUGCUUCAGCAGACGAUGAAUCUAUCAUCAUUUUAUGGAAGCAGAAGGAGGAAUGUGACUUUUUUACCUCUCCCGAUGACAAUGAGAAUAAAGAACAAUGGAGUUCGUGGAAAGUGUUGAAAGGCCAUUUAGAAGAUGUUUAUGAUAUCUGUUGGUCGCCAGAUUCUUCUUCCAUAGUAUCUGGUUCUGUAGAUAACACAGCAAUUCUAUGGGAUAUUAAUAAAGGUCGUAGCAAUGGUAUAUUAUCAGAUUCAAAAGGAUUUGUGCAAGGUGUUAGCUGGGAUCCUUGUAACCAAUAUAUAUGUACAAUAAGUAGCGAUAGGCAGUGCAGAUUAGUUGAUAUCUCUACAAAAAAGACGGUACAGCGUGUUCAUAAGUCUAAUAUUCCUACACCACCUGAUUAUCCUUUACGAGGCAAAACAGUUAGAUUAUUCUAUGACGAUACAUUUAAAUCAUUUUUUAGAAGACUAACCUUCUCCAUAGAUGGAAUAUUAAUAAUUGUUCCAUCUGGUAUAAUAGAACCACAAGAUACCAUAGAAAAGACAUCAAAUGCAACGAUUAUCUUUUCAAGGCAUAAUUUAAAAGAACCAAUAAUGAUAUUACCUUCUUUGGAUGAAUCUACAAUAGCAAUUCGAUGUUGUCCUGUUUAUUUUGAACUCAGAAAAGAUGGACCCACUCCUAUGAUAGCAUUACCUUAUAGAAUAAUAUUUGCGGUUGCAACACAACAUUCGAUAUUAAUUUACGACACUCAACAAAUUUCUCCAAUAGCUGUAAUAUCUAAUAUUCAUUACACUAGAUUGACUGACAUUGCAUGGUCUAGUGAUGGACAUAUCUUGGUUGUAUCUUCUACGGAUGGUUAUUGUUCGAUAAUACAUUUUUCCAAAAAUGAACUGGGCCAUGUGUAUGAUGAUAGUAAAGGUGCAACAAUGACCCAAUCUCAACUUAGAAAUAGUAAUAAUAGUGAAGCUAUUACGAAAUCUACUAAAAUUGAUACGAAAGAUAGUACUUUGAUUCUCGAUAUAGAUAAUAAUGCAAUGGAUGUUGAUGUUAUAAAAUAUAAUAAAGAAAUAACAAAGCGCAGUUUAGAUGAUAAAUGUAAAAAAACUAGUUAUCAAAAUAAUGAGCAAAUGGAACAAAAUGAUAAUAAUUUAUCGGAGCACAAAGAUCGAUACAAAAGUCAAAAUGAUGAAACUAUGGAAGAAACUGAAGAUAUUAAAUUAGUUUUUAAUGAAGAAAGCGAUAAUGACACAAAAGCAAGUAAAAGUAAUAUAUCUGUUAAAAUAGAUACACCUUCUGUAAUAUCUAAAAAGGAAAAGGCACCACGAAGGGUGAAAUUAAUUACUCUCUCUAGUACUAAAAAAAAAAAGUUAUAAAUAUCAUCAAUUAUUUUACGCAGUAAUUAUGUAA